UUACUAAUUUGUGAAUAUUUUCUGUUGAUAAUAUAGAUCUGUUUUUUAGGUAAGUGGAUGGUUCCAUGGUGACUGCAGCACGAAGCAGAUGGCUUGAUCAGGUGAUUUCUUCAGUGGAUUGUUGAUGCGGGAGGUCGGCGUUCUGGGUUGUCUCUCAACUCGGUGGGCAGAAUCCUUGGACUCCUGGUGGUCUGCGUGCGGUGGUACGGGCUGUCCCUCUACUUGAUGGAUGUUGUCCUCAGCUUGGUGGAUGAUGUCGACCGGCUCCUCUCGGCGUUCUGCGGGGUGCGGUGCGACUUCAGUUUACUCAUAUUGUUUUUCGCUUCCAGAAGGUUGUCCAUAUCUGGCACGGGAGUGGGUGUAUGGCUGAUGGUUAUCCGCUGGUUUUUCAUCAGAGCAACGGUGCAAGAAAUAGGAGUUCCUGUCUUGGGGGCGGCAUCAACUGGAUGUUCUUCUGAUGCUCUGUCCUCCAUCUAUUGGGCUGUCAACAGAUCCUCCAACAGAAUACAGCUCUCCUCCACUUGCGUUGAAGACAAGUCAUCCAGUAUAUGGGGAUGGAAAUCAGUGGAUGUGGUGCCAGAUGCGGAUGGCGGUGAGCAAUCAGGUGAGGCGUCCUCGGGGUCCAAUAGACUUGGAUUAACUGGGUCGUUUUCUGCCAUGGCUUGUGAAAAAACAAGGCGACGAAAAAAUGUACUGUGAAGAAAAACGUGAAAGUGUUGAUGUGAUAUGGAGAAAUAAUUAAUAAGAAGAUCCAAUUGAAAUCACUAUAGCUUCGUAAUAGAUGAAAUGCAGAAAAUGUGAUUCAACAAUGUGUUUAGUGAUGAAGUGGAUCAAAUUAGCAAUAUUGUUAACAUAAAACAGUGAAAGAACACUAAAAAAUGAUGGAUAUUCAAUAAUGCAGAUAUGCUUAUUAUAAUUUAUUACUCUUAUUAUUGUAAAUGUCUCAGUCUUAUAAGUUCCUGCCGAAAUUAUAUUUAGGGCUAGUAUUUCUCACAAUUUUUUUUAUGAAAAGCAGUAAUGCUCUGCUUGAACUACUCCACAAUAUAUGCUUACUUAAUUUUACUUUCCUCUUUAUGCCAUGAAAAAAAGUUUGAAAAUGCAGUAAAUGAAUUUAAUCCUCCUUUCCGUAAAUUUUUAU